AUGGGUAGGGAAUCUAUUUAGGAACGGUUCACAUCAGCUAGGUUCAGUCACAUUCCCAGGCGCAGUGAACAACAUACAGCAUACCAAAUUGUUCAAAGAAAUGGCAUUACUAUUUUAUGUAGUGUUGUGCCUGUCUGUCUGGACUGGGUUCUGUCAAAUACCAGUCAACAACACUCCUGCAAUAAACCCUUCCAGUCUGGCUGCGAAACUGACCACUAAUUCAGUGAUACUGACGUCCCCAAGUUGUUACUUCGACAGUCUGGCCAAUUUGCCCUGCAAUUCUACUACUACCUGUGAAUUAUGGCUCGUAGCGGCCAUAGAUACAGGAGUCAGCAAUUAUGAUGCCGACAAGAACAGGUCCUUCAUUGACACCCUCUCUCCUUAUCCAACCGCCUUCUCUUCCAACACCUCAAAGAAAUACUUCCUGACCAAGUUGGGGCUUCAGAAAGACUACCCCUGCCCCAUCGUCGCUGGAACAGACUACUUCAGGGUUGGCUCUGACGGUAGCUGUUCCACUACGAACUGUAAUGGAAUAUUGCCUGUUGGCUCCACUGCCAGAUUUAGGUAUGUUCUUAUCAACCCAGAGAACAAAACAGUUGUUGCAGAGAGUUUGUGGUCCAACAACAUCACUCUUUACCCUUUGAAAGACCUUGAAAGCAUUGGGAAUGGCUUUGCUGGAAGGUCUGCGUCCAUGAUUGUCAUUACAUCUAUCCUGUGUUCCUUCCUGGCCUUGCUGCUGCUGCUAUUGCUCAUCAUGCUGAGCUAUGUCCUUUGCUGUCGGAAGGAGAAAAAGGAAAUCCAAGUUUCAGGAUCAGUGCGCAUGUAUGACACUCACAACUUGAAGGAGCCUUCCCCCUAUGUAAACCGUGCUUAUGAGGAUGAGCCACAGAGACCCACAGCCAUUAGCCCCAUUAGGCUCAAGAGCUACACUGACUAUGAUUUGAAAAAACCAGCCACAGAAUUGUAGUAAGUGUUUAUGAGAGGAAAAUGUUGCACUUAGUGGUUUAUUGACACAACAUCAAUUUCUUACUGUCAUUCAUGAUCAAUAUGUUUAUGAUAUUCAGGCUGGGGGUUUGAUAGCUAUUUAGAGGUCUAAUUUUGUUGCUUCAUUUAAAAUAGCUGGAGUCGAGUCCUAUGUUUAAAAUACAAUGUUAAAUUCACGUUAUAGGCUAAAUUUCUUUGGAGGCAAUGACUUGUGUCAUAAAUAUAAUCUAUUUAGACAAAAAAAUAUGCAAUUGAGUGCACCAAGCUAAUCAAAACUCAAUUUUUUAACUAUAUAUUUAUAGUUUUUUUUCUCCCUUUUUACAAUAAUCAAAAUAGAAAGAGACGUUCAUAAUACUCAAUUUCUCUCAUAUCUCCUAUAUGCUGUCAUCAUUGCUGUGUAGUGUGUAAAUGGGUCAUUUUAUGAAAAUGAACAUUAAAAAAAAAUGUUUACCAAACUUUGUCAGAUAAUAGCUAACCCCUUAACAUUUUAAAUCAACAUAAAUGACAGCUGGGGGUGAUGCCUGUGCUGAAAGGACUAGUAAUAAAGGACUGCUAACCUACAAAGCAUUACAUGGGCUUGCUUCUACCUAUCUCUCCGAUCUGGUCCUGCCGUACAUACCUACACGUAUGCUAAGGUCACAAGACGGAGGCCUACCCUGCUGGUCAUCUUUGAACGUUUGAACAUCAUGGCCAUGUACUGUUAUGAUCUCCAUCCGCCACAGCCAGAAGAGGACUGGCCACCCCUCAGAGCCUGGUUCCUCUCUAGGUUUCUUCCCAGGUUCCUGCCCUUCUAGGCAGUUUUUCCUAGCCACCAUGCUUCUACAUCUGCAUUGCUUGCUGUUUGGGGUUUUUGGCUGGGUUUCUGUAUAGCACUUUGUGACAUCUGCUGAUGUAAGAAGGGCUUUAUAAAUACAUGUGAUUGAUUGACUAGUAAAGGCCUAGUGCACUACUUUUGUGAUUUAAAAAAAACGAAAUGUAUUCAAGCUUUUACCAGCAUUGCCAUUAAUGCAUAAUUUCCAAUAUAUUUUUUUCUUUAUUAUUUUCCUCUAACCCUAGCAUCCCUCACCUAAUUAGAGUAAACUAAUGGACAACAACACUUAGGUUUCUACUUCCAGCUUAUACAUACUAUAUACAUUUUACGGACACAGUAUAUUUUACAAUAGUUAUCUUUUGUUUGUUUUUAUUCCCAUCCUACAUCUCCACUCAACUCCUCCCAUCUACCUCUGAAUACCAUCCAGUUUUUAUUUCUAUGUGCCAUAUAUUUUUAAACUGUGCUGUGAUGUUCCACAAAAGUUCUGUACCUUUCUAUUCUCAUAGAUCCUACAUGAUUGUAAAUUGAAAAUACACUUUUUUUUGCUAAAGGUAUUAUUAUAUUA